GUGGCCGGCUGGCAACAAACAAAGGCAACUUGACAAAUGUCUGAAGUGAUCUUCGAAGAAAAGACACAGUCAAAGAGGAAUUCUCUGAAGACAACCCGUUUCUUUAUUUUAUCUCCUUCAUUGCAAACUUUGAGGUGCGUGCGCUCGUCUUCCACUAUUUAAACUUCUGGUGAGCGGAGAAUACGUUUGAAGCCGAGGCAUACGCUCCUCUAGGCGAAGAAGAAACUGACUGGAUACUUCCACUUAGUGAACUCUGGCUUUCCUUCAGCAAACCAGACGGCACACCGCUGCUCAUACGGAGGACGCAAACUUAAAUUCUGUCCAGGAUUUCCAGGUGUUGCAAGAGCCUGCCUGCCUGCUGCGGACCGCUGGGUGUUCCGUUGCCAUGGCUACCAACAGGGAACAGCAGGUGGGUCACAUGACCGGCUUCCCAACUGCUGUCUACCCCUUCCCCUUCAACUCCAUGAGAAGCCACUCCCCCUUUGACCUGUUGGCCAACAGCAGCUUGUUUGGGAGAUUUGGGGCUGACCUGCCCAAAGAGAUGGCCGCUCUAUCGGUGGAGACUCAGAGCACCAGCUCAGAGGAGAUGGUACCCAGUUCUCCAUCUCCACCUCCCCCACCUCGUGUCUACAAGCCCUGCUUUGUGUGCCAGGACAAGUCCUCAGGGUACCACUAUGGGGUCAGCUCCUGUGAGGGUUGCAAGGGUUUCUUCCGCCGCAGUAUCCAGAAGAACAUGGUGUACACCUGCCACCGAGACAAGAACUGUCAGAUUAACAAGGUCACACGCAACCGCUGCCAGUACUGCAGGCUGCAGAAGUGCUUUGAGGUUGGCAUGUCCAAGGAAGCUGUGCGUAAUGACAGAAACAAGAAGAAGAAGGAUGUGAAGGAGGAGGUUGUGCUUCCUGAGAGCUAUGAGCUAAGUGGCGAGCUUGAGGAGUUGGUAAAUAAAGUCAGCAAAGCUCACCAAGAAACUUUCCCAUCACUUUGCCAGCUUGGAAAAUAUACCACCAAUUCCAGCUCCGACCACCGCGUUCAGUUGGAUCUAGGACUGUGGGACAAGUUCAGUGAGCUCUCCACUAAAUGCAUCAUCAAGAUUGUGGAAUUUGCCAAGCGGCUGCCAGGUUUCACCACCCUCACCAUUGCUGACCAAAUUACUCUACUGAAGUCAGCCUGCCUGGACAUACUGAUGUUGAGAAUCUGCACACGCUACACCCCAGAACAGGACACUAUGACCUUCUCAGAUGGCUUGACUCUGAACCGAACUCAAAUGCACAAUGCUGGCUUUGGACCACUCACAGACCUGGUGUUUGCCUUUGCUGGUCAGCUUCUACCGCUGGAGAUGGAUGACACAGAAACUGGUCUCCUCAGUGCCAUCUGCCUCAUCUGCGGAGACCGAAUGGAUCUAGAGGAGCCCCAGAAAGUAGAUAAGCUGCAAGAGCCUCUACUUGAGGCUCUUAAGAUCUAUGCUCGUCGUCGCCGCCCCAACAAACCCCACAUGUUCCCCCGCAUGCUGAUGAAAAUCACCGACCUCAGAGGCAUCAGUACAAAGGGAGCAGAAAGAGCUAUUACUCUGAAAAUGGAGAUCCCAGGGCCAAUGCCUCCUUUGAUCAGGGAGAUGCUUGAGAACCCAGAGGCCUUUGACGACCAAACUGAGUACAAUGAGAGCUUGCCGCCCCCGCUGCCACCACCACCCCCGCCACCACCAGCACUGGUCCUGAAGCAAGAGGCAGAGGAUGAAGAUGACAGCUGGGCAACAGAAAACGGCAGCGAGCCAUCACCAGAAGAGGAAGAUGAAGACGAUGAUGAUGAUGUGGGAGAUGAGGAGCGAGAUAGGGGCUCGGACAGUGAUGGGGAGCCCUGGGGGGUUUUGGAUAACUUAGAUGGGUCAAGGAAAGGCCUUGUUGGGAGAGCGCAGUGAACAGAGCAUUUCAUGCAGGGACAUACUCACACACAUACAGGUUCUACACACACAUUUACAUAUAGACAUACAGCACAACCUCACUCUCCCACCUUAAAAAAAUGCUGGCCUUCUCUUGCCCCCCCCUCCGCUCCAUUUACUGCACAUCAUUGUGUCUUCCUCAAUGGAGCACAGCAGAGCCUUAAGUGCACAGACACUUCUAACUCAGGCCACAUGGUCCAUGACUAGUGAACUCCAGAAAGAUAAAGUCAAGGGGAGAUGGCAGUGAACCAUAUGAACUCUUGGCAUAGCCAUGAGGGAAGUUAACGUGACAAAAAGAACUUAACCUCUUUGAGAAAGCUAAAUAUUUCUUUUAUUCUCCCACUUUUGUUGCUGUUUAUAUCUAAAUAGGGGAACUGCCCAACCAGACACCAGAACUAAGUAAUUGAUUUUCUGAUGGAUUACAACAAGCACAUUACAAAAAAGAGUACAGGACAAAACCAAAUUGAGUAUACUAAUCUUUUGUUUGUCGUUAUUGCUUUUGAGUAUUGUUUUCAGUUUUUUUUGAGUUUCUAAAUAAGUCCAUGCAUAUCUAUAUACCAUUAUAUUUUGUCUUUUAUGUGUUAUUCUGGUUUCAUAUAUGAAUCCUUUAGACAAGUUUUUCUUUGAAGAGCUUUCCUGAGAAGAUAUUCAGAGGGAAAGAAGGGUAAUUAGAAUUGGCUGGGUCUUCCGUAUCAGCUACAUAUGCUCAGCUUGGGCUUCUUUGAGCACUAUUGCUCACUGUGGGUGUCAAUGAUAAUCAACCCAGAGGACUAUUGUUAUGUUGCAGUGACUUAAUCAGUUUCUGUUAUCAGGGAAUUGGCAUUAUUCUAUUUUGCUGUAGUUGCAGCCGAUUUAUGCUGUCAAUGCAAGAAGUAUCUUUGUGCCAAAGUUAGAAAAAGUUAUCUAUAGAGCUUGAGUUCGACUACUGGCAGGGACUCCAGCUAUAAUCAGGCAAUCCUCACAGCAAAGUGCUCCCUCUUACAUGCACUAAGGAUACACCCUCAAGUUUACAGGCAGUGUAAGCUUACAGCAAACACACACACUCUUUCCAUUUUAUUUUCAGUGGUAGCAGAUGUGCCGACCUGGCCCAGAGUGCUGCGAUGUAGAUCUAGACUUGACCAUAUAUGUAGCACUUUUGUGAUAUUCUUUUCAAGUAAGGCACAUCUCACCCUACUUAAACAGUAGAGCUAAAAUAUAUUCUUGUUGGCAUGUCAGAACUGAUGAUAACAUUAUGAAUACAAUCAACCUUAGAGCAUUCCCCAGUGAUGUCAGUAGAUGAAUUCAUACGGCUAACACCAACACAAACCUCCACACAUAGCAGUGUCACAUGCAUCAACACAGUGAUUUAAAGGCAUAUGCAAACUGUAAACAGGAAUUCUUAUGGAAGACAUUAUAGAAUCACACUCAGGGCUUUUCAGUGAGGACCAAACCCUAGCUGCUUUUUAGGCAUGCUAGAAACAGGCAAUAUUUAUAUGUAUUCUUGAUUAUGUAUGGAUUCUCAAACCCCUUUGUGUAUACAUAGAAGGUAGCAAGUCUGAAAACCAGCAUGGAUGCCAGAUCAACUCUUUAGAAGUGGGAAGCGGAUGGUCAUCAUCAUUAUCAUCACUGCCCCACCUACUCUUACGCUGGCAUCCAUGUAGCAGCCUGCCUUCUCAUCCCUAAAGCCAUGAUCUCAUCUUGUCUUCUUGUUUAUAUUCUCCCUUCAUUUUGAAGAAGAGCAUAAGAUUGUGUGUUCUCAUGUUUCACUUCUUUUUUGCCAAAAUGUUACAGUGAGAGAUCAGCUGGGAAAGCAUGGAUGAUAUAAAACAUAGUUUUUUUCCGUCUCUCUUUUAAAGCAAUAUGAACAUUUCUCUGUAGCAGUGACACUUGUCUUCUGAGCAUGGGCAGGUCUCCUCAUUUUUGUUGUUUCUGUGUGAGUAUGCGUGAGUGUGUGAAUGCUUUAACAUGUUUUCAGUCAUUGGGGUGGAUGUCCUUGGCAUGGUGCUGUCACACAAAAAUUCCUGUGUGAUGAACUCAUCCCUCCUCCCUCUGCUGGACUGUCAUGAUGUUAGUGAUGGUAAUCCUGGCAGAACAUUGAGAUUAUUUUGUCUUAUGUUUUUGUUUUGUUCAACAUGGCCAUCAUGUUGUCUACCCUCUGUUUAUGUCAACUCUUGUCAUACAAAGAAAAGCCAUAUAAACAGUAAAAAGGCACAAUAAACUACUUUUGUGAGA